AAGCGCGAAACCUCUUCGAGACCGGCACAGAAGUUUACUGUUCGUGAGACGCUGAACUACCAUUGAGUCUUUCAAUUAGUAUUCAGAAUGAAGCUGCACGCUGCAGUUAUAGUUCUAUUAUGUGUCGUUGCGUACACAAUCGCUGAAAACGAAAAAUAUCAAUGGUCUACUUCGUAUUCACUGCCAUAUCGUCGCGAUACUGAUGUUCAGAAUAGUAUUGCCGCGAACGUAAAUGAGGAGGAAGUUCCGCAACUGUUGAUCGAUGCGACUAUUAACAAAUAUCUCUUGGACAACGAAGACACGUCCAACGAUCUCAUCGAAACCGCGAGUGUGGCUUCCGGAUCUGAGCCACAAUUGAACGGCCAACUGAACAUUCUGCAUAAAAUCGAUGAAGAAGAUUUGCUUCGUGUUUAUGGUGAUCUGGAGCCGAGUGAUUAUUCAUCUCACAAUUCCGAACUUAGCGGUAUAUUCCGAUUCAGGAGAGAAGCCGACCCCCAAAACUCGAUAAACUUCCAUGGAACACAACCUCUAAGUGGGCCGAAUCGGCAACCGUCUUGGGACCUCAACUUCAAUCGUAAUAUACACAAUAAUGAUCGUAUGAGGACGGAUGUUUUCGGGGGAGUAAGUAAAGUACCUGGUCAACGAGCGCAACCGCACGUCGGUAUCCAGGCUGAGAGAAACAUCGGUAAAAACGGCUUCAUCAGGGGUUCUGGUCAGCUUCAACCGGGUCGUGGAGGUCACGGAGUCUCUCCAUCGUUCGGCGUGAGCACUGGCGUCCGAUUCAGGAGAGAAUGGGAUCUCAACUUCAAUCGUAACAUACACAAUAAUGAUCGUAUGAGGACGGAUGUUUUCGGGGGAGUGAGUAAAGUUCCUGGUCAACGAGCACAGCCGCAUGUUGGUAUCCAGGCUGAGAGAAACAUCGGUAAAAACGGCUUCAUCAGGGGUUCUGGUCAGCUUCAACCGGGUCGUGGAGGUCACGGAGUCUCUCCAUCGUUCGGCGUGAGCACUGGCGUCCGAUUCAGGAGAGAAGCCGAUCCCCAAAACUCGAUAAACUUCCAGGGAACACAGCCUCUAAGCGGACCGAAUAGGCAACCCACCUGGGAUCUCAACUUCAAUCGUAACAUACACAAUAAUGAUCGUAUGAGGACGGAUGUUUUCGGGGGAGUGAGUAAAGUUCCUGGUCAACGAGCGCAACCGCACGUCGGUAUUCAAGCUGAGAGGAACUUCGGCAAUAACGGUUUCAUCAGAGGUUCUGGCCAGCUUCAACCGGGUCGUGGAGGUCAUAGAGUCUCUCCGUCUUUCGGGAUAACCGGUGGUUUCCGGUUCAGGAGAGAGGCCGAAACCCAGUUUGCUUAGGCAAACUUUGACAACAACGUUUUUGGACAAUUUUUGUCAAAUCCGAGAGGUCACUGUGUCUCAUCCUGCAUUGGAUAUAACCGGUGACCUUUUAUUCUGGAAGGAAAUCGAGGAAAUUGAUAAAAUUAAUGUGGAAGUGUAAAUUUAAAAAAAACCGGCUUUAACCGGCUAUUAACUGCGAAAAAAUUAGACAAAAUGGACGAAUUGCCAACGUCGAACAAUGGUAUAUAUAGUAAGCUUUAAUUAGAUAUAUUUUUUUAUUUUUGUAUUUAUAUAUAUUUUUGCAAGUAUUAAUAAUAAGUUUACGAGAAUAUAAUAAUAAAUUAUGUAAUAUAAUAAUAAGUUUACGUAAAAUUAUCA